AUGCGCUUGAAGUCUCUUCUUAUUCUUCUUCCACUGGCCAUGGCUAUUGCCUUGGCUAUAACCCCCUUUUCACAGGGGCUCAACCAUAAUCUCAACCACCCUUCUUCUUUAGUACCACCAUCCACUGAUUCCACCGUACUGAAUUACCAUGGUGGUCCGCUCCUGACUGGACCAAGCAGCAUCAAUAUCUAUCUGAUCUGGUACGGAACCUUCUACAAAAAAGACAGAACACCCAUCACCGAUUUCUUUGCUUCCUUUGCCCCUCCUAGGGGAAUCAAUUCCACCGUUUUGACGUGGUGGAAUACGAUUCUAUCCUACAAGGACAAGUCCGGAAACCCAGUCUCCGGAACAGUCAAACUAACCAAACAGCUCGGUGAUGUAAAAUACUCACUUGGGAAGCAUAUCAAGCGCGCCCAAAUACACAACUGUGUAAAAAACAAGAUAGACACAGGAAAAUUACCUUAUGAUCCUCGUGGGAUAUAUCUGGUUUUGACUUCUAAAGAUGUGACUGUAGACCGAUUCUGCAUGGAUUCAUGCGGUUUUCAUGGAGGAAUCAUGACAUUGGCAAAGAGGAGAGUCGUCUAUGCACAUGUUGGAGACCCCCAUGUGCAGUGCCCUGGGCUGUGUUCAUGGCCAUAUGCGAUUCCUGCUUAUGGCCCGCCAGGCCAGGCCCUUGUGGCACCUAAUGGGAUCGGGUCUGAUGGGAUUAUUAUCAACGUCGCGACGAUUCUUGCUGGAGCCGCCACCAACCCAUUUAAGUCUGGUUACUUUCAAGGCGAUGCCUUGGCACCACUGGAGGCCAUCACGGCAUGUCCAGGGAUUUUUGGUGACGGAGCUUAUCCGGGGUAUCCGGGUGACUUGAAGGUGGAUAAAAUGAGCAAGGCAAGUUAUAAUGCUUAUGGUGUCAAUGGCCGAAAGUUCCUUCUUCCGGCUAUGUGGGACCCACUGCAUGUCAACUGCAAGGUUGUCGCAUGAAUUUCAACAUCGGCUUGUGUGUUGAAGACAAUGUACAUAGGAUAAUAUGCAGGGAUGUCUAGAAUCGGGGUUGUUCACGAAGAAAUUUGGGAACACAUCUCCUUUGUAUACGGAAAAAUCAUUUUCCUUGUGGAAAUACAAGUGAAAUGUGUUUUUCCUU